UUAACUUCCUGAAAUUAGCAAUUUUACGCUUGGCUUUCAAGAGACGCCUCGCAGGCAGAUCGAUUGCAGAUCUGAUUAAACAAAAAGCAAACAAAUGAGGUGCAGCAUCAGACUUGCCUAUCUCUUCCUGUAUAAUCUACUUCAGUUUUGCGGUCACACAUGGAUUUUUGCCAACCUGACGGCUAGAUCCUUAUCUUUCGGCGGAGACGCCCUGGCCGAUACCUUCUACUCGGUCGGUGUGGCCAUGAGCCUCUGUCAGCUGCUGUCGGUGCUGGAGCUCUUCCACAUCGCGGACGGGAUAGAGAAGGGAGCGCUCCUGCCUCGCUUCGUGCAAGUUACAGAGAGGAUUUUCCUGUUUGUGGUGAUUGCCACCCAAGAAAACAUUCAGAGUAAACCCAUAGUCUGUGCCUUGUUCUACCUGUGGAAUAUUCUCGGUUUACUACGAUAUCCCCACGGGCUCCUGUCGCUCAUUAGCACCCCUUCCUGGAACAUGCUGUGGGCCCACCACACCCUCUGGAUUCCAGUGUACCCCCUCUCGGUGCUGGCAGAAGGGGUGACUGUUUAUGAAGCACUGAGAACACACUCGUCCCAAAUGGUGCAUUCGGUCUCUGCCUACGUCCAUUUCCCCUACGUCCUCCAAGGCUACCUGCCCCUGCUUGCUGUCGGCAAGUACCGUCCAGGGCGCCUCUUCUCAGCGUCUCCACAGCAACAGCACAUUCACAACAAACACACCAUUCCUGUGGCUCACUUGCUUUGGUCAUAUCAAGUACAACCAGCAGGUGGCGUAAUGGUUAAGGAUACAGCCGCAUAACCUGAUAGCUGUCAGCAUCUAUGAUUCUUGGUGUAAUGCGUCACACUUGACCUAAACAGUUAUAAUAUCGAGGCACGGGUUAAAUGCGAGUUUCUUUCAUGAAAUGGCAGGAAGCAAGUUUAUGCUUCUGAUUAUAGCUCUGUAUAUAAACACCAGGGUGGAAAUGCAUUACUAAAUAACUGUAAAUGUUAAGCAGACAUUCUGCCAGCAGUGAGUCUGUCACUCAUUGGGAUUUUCUGCUAACUGUUGCUCACUGUAUUGCCAUGUUCCUCCAAAUGCAGGGGCCUGUUUUACAGAGUGGCGGCUGCUGAGGGAGCGAAAACAGCAGCUGGAAGGUUGGAGUAAAAGAAUGAAAAGGAAGUGAAACUUCAGGCCCGCCUCCCUGCAAGGGGGGGGGAGGGGGGCAGGGGGGGGAGGGCUAGAUAACAGUAAGUCUGGGUUCACAGCACAACCAAGACUGGCAGUUUUUGUUUUUGGGAAGGAGUUUUCCCUGGAAAAGGGACUUGCUAGGCAGUACUGAAAGCCUUUUACGAUGAACCCCACCUAACCGUUAUUCCGCCCACCGUGCCAGGAACACAGAAAUUCCCACACUGCUGGUGCAGAACAGAUGAGACACGAGACUGUUUGUUUGUUUAUAGCAUUUCUUUAAUACACAGUCACGGUCUAGGGCACAGGGUGAGGCCACCCCGACGAGUGCCAUUCACCGUGCCCCUCCCAC